AUGGAACUUGCGAUACAGAUAGAGCAACCCACUACUCCUACGGUUAUUAGCUCUUCCGAAGAGAAAAAUAAAUUUAAGAAACGGGAUCGCUUGAACAACAUGACUCAUGAUCAUAAAGCGUGCAAUUCUGAGGUUUUCAGGGGUGCUAUGACGGAGGACACCACCAAUGCUAAAGAUUACCUUGCAGAAAUAGAAAAGCGCUUUGUUAAAAACGAUAAGGUUGAAAUAAGCACGAUUCUUAAGAGCUUGAUUUCAAUGGGGUAUAUGGGAAAUGGUAAUGUAAGGGAGUACAUCAUGGAGAUGUCUAAACUUGCAUCGAAACUUAAGGCAUUAAAGCUUGAUUUGCAUGAGGAUUUACUUGUGCAUCUCAUUUUGAGUUCUCUCUUGGUUCAAUUCAACCACUUUAAGGUUAGUUUUAACUGUCCGAAGGAAACGUGGAACUUGAAUGAACUUAUUUCCCAUUGUGUUCAAGAGAAAGAGAAAUGA